AUGGCAAAUCAACCAUACAUGUACAUGCGUGGACUUUCAAUUGUGUCGCUAUUGUGCACACCACAAGGAUAUCCGAGUUCUCUUCCACCUCCGCAACAAGACAUCGCUUUUGAAUUCUCUGCCAUUUCAAAAGAAGAGGAUAGCGAUGGCCUCUGUAUCGGAACAUCUCUGAGCGUGCCGGAAUGGGGACAUAGCUCUUACCAGCAUUCGUCAGAAUCACGAAUGGGAACAGCGGAGUUCAUAACCGACGAAAUCAUCACUGCCACAGAAGUGGAAGAAACAUAUCUUCCGUCUCCCGCGGACGAUCUUUUGUCGUUAUUUUAUUCCGCUCUUUGGGUAGCGGCCUACAACAGAGACGAUAACCAGCCGAAUGUGCCCAUCCAUCUGCAGAUACUGCGCCAAGAUCUCGCCGGUGUCAAGAGAGGUCGGGUACAUGCUGAGAGGACUGUCGUAGGCUACCAGAUCCUCAAAGCGAGCAAAUAUGGUGACUUCCUUCCCAAAUGUCAAACGUUUCUUAAACCAUGGGAGGCUAAGAUCCGACGCCUUGCCGUCGACUGGGAAGAAAUGCUGGAGAAGGAUACUGGCGUAAAGCCAUUGGAGGAGCAUUUCUCCAGCUUCUACGAGAGAGGUUUUCUCGACUAUGUCGAGUUGAUGGACGCUGUAUCGGCGGAACAGGCUCUGCAGGAUGCUAUCACUACCGCUCCUCCUCCUAAAUUACCUGCGGUGACAGCCUAUGAUGGGAUAAGGGUCUCAGAGUGGCUGGCCAUGAUGGAGCGACGUAUAUAG